CAUGCGUCUCCGCCCAACGGCGGUCGUUUAAAUUUUAAGCUAGUCCUUAGCAACGGCAACCAGGCGAGCAUACAACUUUUAAAGCAGUCAUGGCGUCGUAUCAAUGUGCCUUACAAUGUCCACACACUCUGUACCAAUCUCCGGCUAAGGUAUUUGCCAAGCUUAAAAAGAAAGUACAGGACGGAGAACAAACGACGUGUGGAGUUGGACAAUACGCCACGCAAAUGACAACACGUUGGAGCGGAAGAGACUAUUUCUGGGACUCGAAUGAACUCCCGCACAAGUUUGGUGAGGAAGAGGCUUUGACUAUUUCGCCUAUAAAAAGUCCCCAAAAAAGCGAUGGCUAUUCAUACGCAAGGGAGCUCCCAGAUACAACCAACGCGUUACAUCGAUUCAAAUCACCAAUGGGACGAUUUUUGGAGUCGACGUAUGAACCUCGCGUCUGCACGGACCCACAUUCAACAACAGACCCCCGACAGAUUUUUGACAAAAACGUCGCGAAUGAAAUCUCUCCUACUGACUCCUGCAUGCCUUCAGUGUCCAGUUUUUCCCCUGCGAGGAAGAAACGGCGGAAAAGAAAAGCAGAGGAGAUGAACAAGAUUUGCUGCGAUGCAAAUGUCACAUCAGAAAUCGAAGAUGACAACAUUGACACAGUUGGCCAUCGCUGCACCCCAAAGAAAACACGCGAGAUGGAAAGUUGCAGUCUCUCUUUGGAACGACUCAUGUCUCCUGCUAAGAUAUUCGCUUUCAUGAAAGAGAGGGUAACCAGAAGAGAGAGAGAACAAGACAACAGAGACUGCCAAGAACCAGAUGAACCCCCUGAUGGAGUUGGAUGUCAUAGGCCGGAAAUUGGGCCAGGAGUCACCCAGGAGUUUGCAGACAACCAGUCAGAAACACAUCAUCCCGAAGAGGACUCUCCCCUCAAUGUCACGUCGGAGAAUAUUUUGUUCGAUCCCAUCCUCCUCAACGAGCCCUCCAUCUGCAUUCCAAAGAAACACAACUCACUGUUCAAGAACAAGCAAAAGGAAAACUUGACAAAAAUACCCUAUGAGAAUGCUAUUACUCUUAAAGAGUGGUUCCUGAGGAGGAAUCAUAAUGGCAUAUUUGUGGAAGGAAUCCGCAUGGAGAACAGGACAGCGUGGAACAGCAACAUCAUUGUGGAGAGAAUUUCCAGCACUGUGUUGAAAACGUUGUCUGGCAACGUUUACAUCUUGGUGGGGAAGAUGAAUCUGCACAUGAAGACUGACUUUCCCCGCUGGCUUUUGAGGUUGUUUGCUCAUGGAUUCCCUGCAAAUUGGAAAGCGCUUUACCACAAGUUUUUGGCAGAAUUAGAAGACAACAGGAGAAAAGUAAACACUGUAAAGGCAAGUAAAACAACAGAGAAGUCUGCUCCCGCCCCAACAAUAAAAAGACACAAGGAAGCGCCUGUCCAGAAGACGAACACCAGUGCGUUUUUCCAAAAAGCGACCCGGAGCGGUCGGAUGAUCAAACCACCCCUGGAAUUCUGGAAAGGAGGCAGGAUCUUCCUGGAUGCAGACUUGAAUGCUACCGUCUAUGACAAUUACAACAGCCUUAGCCUCUACUCCCAGGAUGUUUCCAAAGUGGUGCCUAAGGCAAAGUCUAAAAAAACUACCCAGGCUAUUCCUCUCAGCGAUAAAGGUCACACACAAAGCGAAUCCAGCAGAGACAGCGUUCCGUCGGCGACACAGAAAAGAGACAAGAGGCCGCAAAGUCAAAGUCUACCUGAAGCGAAUCACUCUGUUUCACCCAAAGCAGCAGUGAAGAGGCCGAGCCGCCACGCCGUCAAUGAAGAGUCGAAAAAUGACGAUGCGCUACCGUCCAGUCAACCCAAGCAGCUCCCCCAACAGCCGUCCAAAGCAAAGCCGUGCAAUGCUCCUCUGAGGAGGUCAGCGAGAAAAAACACCCCCCUUCAGUUAUCCACCACUAAUGAAAACUCACUCGCGUCUGAGGAUGAACAGUCGCGGGACAAGGAGGAAAGGCGAAGCAAUCACGCUGCUAGCGCCGAUGAGAACACAAGACCCAAACCCCAAAGGUUCCCCAGAAAGGAGUCCAAAAAGAAAGCACUUAAAUCUGCUGCGUUAAAUAAGUCCGAAAUAAAGCUCGCUUCACAGUUGUCUGCUGAUAAAGAAAUAUUAGAAGAGGAGCAGGCGCUUUCUGCAUGGAGGAAAAAACAGGACAAGAAGGGGCAUCCGUCGCCAAGUCAUUCCCAAAAUCUCCCGGUAGAAGAGCCCAAAAGGAGGCAGGCGAGAAAACAGCCCCCGCCUCGCUUUUAUGCUCAGGAGGAGGAGGUGCAGGAGAGGCCAAGUCCUCACACCAGCAGCUCCAGUGAUCAGUCAGACAUUGAGAACACAUGGCCAUCCAAAAAGACUUCCCAAAAGGGGUCCAAAACCAAGGGGUCCAAAACCAAGGGGUCCAACACUCCAUCAAGAAGAGAGGAGGCAGUGAAGCGAAGCAAAAGGAAGCCCAGAAAGCAAAACAGGAACCCGAAUCGCGACAGCGCCAAACUCACAUCGCCCGCAAAGUUGACGCAAUCUAACAAGAAAGUCAGCCCAAGGUCCACUGAAUCUCCUCAAGGCCAAGAUGAGGAUCAGUGGACACAAGAUGAGGAGGCAAAAUUACAGCAGGCUUUGUCCAGGUGUUUUUUUUCCUCUCCCACGGCAUGCUGCUGGGAGAAGGUGGCCGCGAUGGUCGGCACGCGCUCGGCAGAGGAGUGCUACUACAAGGACAUUGCCUUGCGAGGCUGCCACGUUCCGGGGAGCAGCACCGGGAAAAAACAAAAGAAAAAGGCGGAACCGCCAAAACCCACAGACUGUCCCGUCAUAUCAGCAGGCAUCGGGACCUUCAAGAGAAAACAGCAGGUGCGGCAGUUCCUGGAGACCAUGCCCCGAGAGAAUACCGACGACGCCUUCAGCGCACCGCACAAUAAGGGCUUUGAGUUCCCGCCCUUGUGUUUGGAUGGAACGCAGGACUUCCACCUGGAGCCCAUGUCGCCGAGUACGCUGCAUUUCUCUCAAGCGAAGACUCCUCGCUGUCGUCACGCCUCUCCCGGAGCGGUGCAUUCUACAAACAUGCUCUAUGGGGACAAGCUCGUCUUUAACCUACAGAAAGCGAUAAAACAAACUCGGGUCAACAGCUGCAAAAAAGUUCCAGCGAAGAACGUCGCUCCCCCACCAUCAGUCAAACGAACAACGAAAGCAAUUAAAAACUUAGGAAACGAUUCCGUUAUCAUCCAGGAGUUGUUUUCAAUGAAACCUGCCACGUUGCUUGACAGUGGGGAAGAAAAGGACUUUUACUUCUCCGACAGUGACUGAAACCAAUUGACAUUAGACAUAAUUGUAAAGAUGUAAAUGAAAUAUAUCCAUGGCAAAUGUUUGUUUUGUUUUAAUCGUAUUUCAUUAAAGAAAAACCUACCUUUUUUCCUGUA